UGUAGGUGCCGGACACAUUUGAGGGUCGGACAGGCAGCACUUCCUUACUCCUGCCGUGUCGCCGCCAGACAGAUGCUCGAGAGUCACGGUAGAACCCUCCCCGGUUGUUAUCCGUGUUAAACUGCUGUGACUGUGAAUCAUCGUAGAUUACGUGUCGCUUCCAGCUGAGCUGCUUCUUUGUUGUCGUGUUUGUUCCUGUGACAUGCUGCCAUCACAUCCAGACUUGCUGAGGACACAGCUGGUUUGAUGUCCACUGCUCCAACAUGGAGCCUUCAGAUGUGAUCGCACACAAGAACGGGCGGCAGAGGAAGCUAGCAGGUUCCGCCCUCUCAAAUGUAAACAUGGGGGACGUCAACAAAGGAGAGAUGAGUGACUCUGAGCCGGACGUAGAAGACAAGGCGGAGGGUCUUAUCAGAGGGUCGGAUUCAGAGAACAGGAGGCCCGCAACCCGGCCGGGGAUCCGUAACGAAUUGGGCAACGUGUCGCUUCUUCUGUUUCUGUACGUACUGCAAGGGAUUCCUCUGGGACUGGCCGGCAGCAUCCCACUGAUCUUGCAGAGCAAAAAUGUCAGCUACAAAGACCAGGCCUUUUUCAGCUUCGUCUUCUGGCCGUUUAGUCUCAAACUGCUCUGGGCUCCACUGGUGGAUGCUCUUUACUUCAGCAGGUUUGGCAGAAGAAAGUCAUGGCUGGUGCCCACACAGUACCUUCUGGGCCUCUUCAUGCUCUACCUGUCUGCAACUGUCGAUGCACUGCUGCAGAGCGAGGAAGGACCAAAUGUGUUGAUACUCACUGCAGUGUUCUUCAUGCUUGCCUUCCUGGCAGCCACACAGGAUAUAGCUGUGGAUGGCUGGGCCCUGACCAUGUUGUCCAGAGAAAAUGUGGGUUACGCAUCUACAUGCAACUCUGUAGGUCAGACGGCUGGAUACUUCCUGGGGAACGUGCUCUUUCUGGCUCUGGAGUCUCCUAAUUUCUGCAACAAGUACCUCAGAGCGGAGCCAAAGGACUCAGGCAUUGUUACCUUGUCAGACUUCUUGUUUUUUUGGGGAGUGAUGUUCCUGGUGUCCACAACGCUGGUGGCCAUUUUUAAAAGGGAGAAUGCGCACGGCAAAGGAAAGAGAAGAGUUCAACAGGAGGAGACAAAGGGAGUUUUGGAAACCUACAAGUUGCUGUUCAACAUUAUCAAGAUGCCCACCGUCUUCACAUUUUGUGCCCUGCUUCUCACCGCUAAAAUCGGCUUCUCUGCAGCAGAUGCGGUGACAGGUCUUAAGCUGGUGGAGGCUGGAGUUCCCAAGGAGCAGCUGGCUCUGUUGGCGGUGCCUAUGGUGCCUCUGCAGAUUCUUCUCCCAGUCGUCAUCAGUAAAUACACAGCAGGGCCCCGACCGCUGGACAUCUUCUACAAGGCCUUUCCUUUCAGGUUGCUUAUAGGCCUUGAGUAUGCGCUGCUGGUGUGGUGGACGUCCAGUGUAAAACAAGACGGAGGGUUCCCUGUUUACUACUACACCAUCGUGCUGCUCAGCUACGCAGUGCAUCAGGUGGCGUUGUACAGUAUGUACGUAGCCUGCAUGGCCUUCCACGCCAAAGUGAGCGACCCGCUCAUCGGUGGGACGUACAUGACCCUGCUGAACACAGUCACCAACCUCGGAGGGAACUGGCCAUCCACUGUGGCUCUGUGGAUGGUGGAUCCACUGACCUCGAAGGUGUGUCAGGGGGCCAUCGGGCAGAGCUGCGGCUCCCCGGAGGAGGCAGGGCUGUGCGUGAAGGAAGGCGGCGUUUGUGUGACGUCACUGGACGGCUACUACGUGGAGUCGGUGGUUUGUGUCGUGAUUGGUUUAGCUUGGUGGUUGUUGUUAGGGCAGAAAAUAAGACGGCUGCAGGAACAGAGCCCCGCCGCAUGGAGGUGCAAAAUCAACCAGUGACGUCACUCACCUAUAUCAUCAACACCACAGACUCUUCUUGAUGCACCGUACCUCUGCAUCCUCCACUUUGGAAAUACUGUCAUUCCAUCCACGUCCGUCUGACUUAUAUUCAGCUCGGUCCUGCUUUAGCUGCUACGUACAGAAAACUAUUUCUCACCUCUGCCAGCUAGAAGCACAUAAAUCUGAAGACAAGCACCGUUGUUGUUUACGUGGUGGUUAAAAACCCUUUUAGUCAUCACUGAUGCUAACUGUAGCUGUAACAGUGUCCUGGAAACAUUCAGGCUUUUGUAGGAAGUUUAAAAAUAUUUUUUUCUGUCAAACCACAAUCUGCUACUUGAAUAUAGCUUAACCAAACCAGAGCUGUGUCAAAGAUUUAUUUCUUUAUUUCGUUUUAACUUGCAUGAAUUACCAGAUGGUUGGAUUUGCACAUUUUAAACCUCUUAAGAAAAACAGCAGCAAACGUUUCUUAUUUAAAUUUGAGCUCUUGAAUAUUUAGAAAGUACUUGUGUUAAUCCUCUUGGUCAAUAUUUGUAUUUUCUGAAUUCAAGGAUACCAAAGGGAAUACGUAGCGAUGCACUGUGUUGUCUUUUUUGAAGAUUCCCAUAAAGUCUCCACACAGUUUUUUAUGUGGGGAGAUUCCUGCUGGGACCUUACGCUCACAGUCAACGUCAGUGACUCUAAUAGUCUCUGAUCUGCAGCCUCAUGUUGGUAUUUAGGCCAUAGUAUUAGGAGUACUAUAAUACAUACUACUAAACUACAUAGAAUAAGACUUGUAUGUAAACGUUUUUGAGAUAUUUAUUUUGUUCUUGUCUCAAACUAUCUGAUCUGUCAUUGCUCCGUCAAACUCGACCUGUCUGGUAAUCCACGCAAAUUAAACCCAGAGUGAAGAAGAAUCACUUUAGUUGUGUUUAAUUCAGAUCAGAUUUUUAAAAAAUUGACUUUUUAAAUGUUAUUGUUUUCUCCUCUGAAGUUCUUUGUGCCUUGUGUAGCUUUUCAAAGUCUCUUCACUUUCAAGACCAUCCAGCAGCGACAAGCUGGAUGACCUGUGGUUGAAAAUCAAGGCAGGGAUUAUUACAGUUAUUCAUUGUUGGAAUAUUAUUACAGUUAUUUGAAGUGUGGUUAAGGUCAUAUACUGUUGUUUUUUUAGAUUACGCAAACCAACCCCACUUUCAUUGUUUGUUUUUUUACAUACUCCUGUGUGUGAGCACACAUUCCUUCUGAAUAGUUUAAUUUGCACAGUGAUUUAUGCAUAAUAUAUAACCAGUAUGACAGAUGGUUAAAUGACCUGAGAUGUGAAAUAUUAAAUGAUUUUUAUAUCUUUUAUUUUCCAAAUUUUCCUUGAAUCUGCUUAGUUGAAGAUCUUUUAUAUUGGACAGUGCUGCAUUUACAUGCUGGUGAUAUCAACAGGGCCUGGAUAUGUUUUCAUCACAGUUUGUUUGUAAGCAGGAUUAUUCAUAAACUACUGAACUGAUUUCCAUGAAAUUCUGUGGAGGGGUGGGUCAUCAUCCAAGACAGAACCUAUUUUAAUUAUUUAUUUAUUUUUUGUCAUGGCGAGAUGGGUCGCUUGCCUCUGAAGUGCUGUGUUCUCUCUGAUUUCCCUUCUAGUUGGUCAUGAUUUUCAGGAAUUUGGGGUUUUAUCAAUUGUUGGGGCCUGAUAAAAAAAUAUUAAGUACAAUGAAUUUCCUGCUCACAAAACAAUCCAGAUCCCAGACCAGCAGCCUCAUGAGAAACUUGAUAAGCAAACGUUCUGCUUAGAUUUUUUUCAUACAAUUGUACAUAGAUCUGAUUGUUAAAGUAUUUUCUCUAAAGCCAGCGUUGAAUUGAUGUGAGCAAAGUGAGGGUACAUUUUUUACUCGUUUUGCCUAAUUCCUGAUUUCUUACAUUUACUUUGUGAACAGUCAGUAAAAGGUCACUUUUGAAUUAAAAUAAAAUACAAAAUGUUUAUUGGGCCUUAAAUGCUCAUUGUGUCAGAUCAUCACUGUAAUAUGACAACAGCUCAUCCUCAGAGCCCUUCUGCAAUGACAGGGCAAUAUGUUUGUUUUGAUUCUUUUUGACAGUAGAUAGUGUUUGUGUGUUUUUCGACAUUUAAAGAUUGGCUUUUGAAUUGCUGUUAUUUCAGCCACAGAAAAUCGACAAUCGUAACAGUAAACAGGGAGACUGAAGUUAAAUCUGCUGUUACAAUGAAUGUAAGGGUCUUUAACAUUCACAUGAUGCAAUAUUGACAUUUGAAACAAAUCUUACAUAUAAUUAAAAACAACAUGCACACUU